GUGAGUGGCUGAAUGGUAAGCGCCUUCGCCGAAGGAAAAUGCUGGCAGCAUUCGUGAAUCGAACGCGUACCGGAACGCACAGGGCGACUUUUAAAAAUAAAAAUUUGGUUCGAAAUUCGACUGCUUCGUUUUGUCUGUGGAUAUCAGUGAGGCGGGAAAGUUGUAAAGUUAUAAAAAUGACGAUUUACAGUAAAAUUGUACAAAUUAUUUUAGUUAGUGUGUGAUGUUCGCAAAGGAUAUUUAUACCGAAGAGAGUAUGGCGGAGGCGGUGGAAGGUGGUGCAGCCCUCGCUUGGCGGGUCCUGGCAACGCUCGAAGGAGGCUCGCUACUCCUGGCGUCUUCUGCUCUCCUGGUAUAUAGUGUUCGUAACAAGAUUACCAAGAAAACUAGAACGUGGAAGGACAUACGGCGCGUCUUGGUAACAAACACGACUAACCUAUUAGGAAGAGCAAUAAAGACAAAACUGGAAGAGCGAGGCUGUAUCGUUGAGGUUCAUAAUGAAGCCAGCAGAGAAAGAGGCGCUAUCGUGGAUGCGAUAGUUAUAGUCGGUGCUGAACCCAAGACUGACGGCCUGGAUGGCAUGGCUACCCUCGUGACGGAAGAUGUUUAUGACAAUUUGAAGCUGCUGGAGUCCCUGUCGCGUCGCGUCCGCGGCGGCGGGCGGCUGGCGUGGGCGUGCGCGGGCGCGGCGCCGCGGCCCUACAGCUGCGCCGGCGCGGCCUUCGACACGGUGCUGCGGGCCAGCCUGCAGCAUGUGGCCAAAAUGUCUCAGUGUGAGCCCAUCUGGGUAGGUCGAUGUGGGGGCGCGGAGGCCGCGGCGGGGCGCGUGGUGGAGGCCCUGCUCGCGCGCCCGCACGCGCCACACGCGACCAGCUACACUGUCAGAAACGCCGUUCACCGAGUUGGAGAAUGUCUUUGCAGAUGGUUUAAAAUAAUAACGUGAUAUUUCUACCUCUUCAUCGUGUAUAUUUUAUAAAAACUCUUUCAAGAUAUUAAUCAAGUGGUAUUGUAAUAUAUUUUUUAUGAAUAAAUUAU